AUGCGGGAGUUGGGACAGCAACAACGGCCACCAUCUUUGACUGGGCAACGAACCCCGAAUCAACAAGUACCAACUGAUCAUCAGGAGCCUAACCAACCAGCUAUUCAACUUCAAAUAGUAACUAGCCCAAGGGAUCGAACUACAAUGAUAGAGCAAUUUCGUAAAAUGAACCCUCCAUCAUUCGAGGGGAGUAUGGAUCCCUUAGCAGUUGAAGACUGGUCAUUAACACCUGCUGAAGAACAUGCUAUAACUUGGGCGAGGUUUAAGGAACUCAUAGAAGAGAAAUUCUUCCCGACAGCCGUGAAAGAUCAAAAGGAGAUGGAGCUCCUUAGACUCCAGCAGGGAACCAUGACCCUCGUGGAAUAUGAACGCAAAUUCGAGGGAUUAUCAAGGUUUGCUCCACAUCUAGUGGAUACGGAGGAAAAGCGGGCUAGAAGGUUCGAACGCGGGCUUCAACCUUAUAUUCGUGAUAUAGUGUCAGUUCUCGAGCUGAGCACUUAUCGAGAAAGUAACGGUAAAGCAAAAGGGAAUAAUGCACCAAAGAAAGGAAAGACGGAGAUAGUUGGAGUUGGUAGUGAUAAAUGUUGUCCUAAGUGCGAUAGACCUCACAAAGGAGAAUGCUUAUUGGGAAAGAAUAUUUGUUUCAAGUGUGGAAAAUCAAGACAUUUCGUUAAAGAAUGUCCCCAGAAUUAUACACAGAAGGCUGGAGAUGACACAAAAGGAAAAGCAAGAGUUUUCUCCUUAUCCAGGCAAGAAGUAGAGCGAGACCCUAAUGUCCUCGCAGAAAUCUCUCUUCCAUCUGGAAAGAUAUUUGUUGCUGACCAAAUAGCCAGAAAUCUUAAGAUGGAAAUUGAUGGUAGAGGAUAUCAUCAAUUGAAAAUUAGGCCAGACGAUAUCCCUAAGACGGCUUUUAGGAUGCUUUAUGGGCAUUAUGAAUUUUUAGUGAUGCCUUUCGGAUUAACUAAUGCCCCGGCAAUAUUUAUGGAUCUAAUGAACAGAGUAUUUCACGAAUACUUAGAUCAAUUUGUCAUAGUUUUUAUUGAUAACAUCUUAAUCUAUUCAAAGAGUAGUGAGGAGCAUGAGAAACAUCUCACGAUUAGGAGAUGGGUAGAGCUAGCUGGUAAAGCUAAUGUAGUAGCAGAUGCGCUUAGCAGGAAGGCGGUUGGACAAUUAGCAGUGCUAAUCACCAUACAGGACCAGUUGUUGAAGGAUUUCGAAAACUUACAUCUGGAA